AUGUCUUCAUCAAUCAACUUGCCAGCUUUGGAGAGAGCAUGUGCCGAGUCCAGAGGUCUGUCCAUGGACGCUGUGGCCAAGGCCGCCUCAGGUCAUUUGGGUCUACCCCUCGGCUCCACUGAGAUUGGUGGUGCACUCUUUGGCCAUUGUUUGAACUACAACCCAGAGAACCCACACUGGUUGAACAGAGACUACUUCAUCCUGUCUGCCGGACACGGAUCCAUGUUCUUGUACAGCUGGUUGCACCUUGCCGGAUACGACCUCUCGUUGGAGGACAUCAAGAACUUCAGACAGCACAAGUCCAAGACUCCAGGUCAUCCCGAGUUCCAUGACACCCCAGGUGUCGAGUCCACCACCGGUCCACUCGGACAAGGUAUCGGUAACGCCGUCGGUAUUGCCUCUGCCUGCAAGAUGGCUGCUGCCAAAUUCAACACUCAACAACAGGUUAUCUUUAACCAAAAGGUUGUUGUGCUCUGUGGAGAUGGUUGCCUCCAGGAGGGUAUCUCACAGGAGGCUUUGUCUUUUGCCGGUCAUCAUCGUCUGGAUAACUUGGUGCUGUUCUAUGACUCGAACGACGUGACCUUGGACGCCAUGGCCGACGAGACUCAGUCUGAGGACGCCGUCAAGAGAUUCGAGGCACUCGGCUUUGAGGUCCAGCUCGUCACCGAGGGCAACUCAAUCAACCACCUCAUUGGCGCCUACCAGCACGCCAUCACCUCCACAUCAGGCAAGCCCCAUGCCAUCAUCUGCAAGACCAUCAUCGCCAAGGGUAUCCCCGAGGUCGCUGGAACCAACAAGGGUCACGGAGAGGCUGGCGUCAAGUUCAUUGAGAACGCCAGAAAGAACCUCGGCUUGCCCGAGGAGCGCUUCUUCGUCUCCCAGGAGACUCGCCAGUUCUUCACCGCACACAAGGCCGCCCAGAUCGCCAAGUACACCCAAUGGGAGGCACUGUUUGCCGCCUGGAAGGUUGCCAACCCAGAGCUGGCCGCCCUCCUGGCUUCCGCCACCGUCGAGCACAGCACCGCCGUGCUGCUGGCCGCCAUCCCCGAGUUCAACCCCAAGGACACCAUCGCCACCCGUAAGGCCGGCAGCGACGUGCUGCAGCCAAUCGCCAAGCACCUGCCCCUCGUGAUCAGUGGCUCUGCCGAUCUGCACGGCUCCACCCUCAACUACAUCAAGGACGGCAAGGACUUCACCCCCAAGUGUCUGGACGGCCGCAACAUCAAGUUUGGCAUCCGUGAGCACGCCAUGGGAGCCAUGAUGAACGGCUUUGCCUACCACGGCAUCUUCCGCGCCUCUGGCGCCACCUUUUUGGUGUUCUCUGACUACCUGCGUCCAUCGAUCCGUCUGGCCGCACUCAGCCAUCUGCCCGUCACCUACAUCUUCACUCACGACUCGAUUGGUGUCGGUGAGGACGGACCCACCCAUCAGCCGGUCGAGACCGUCAGUGGCCUGCGUAUGAUCCCCAACCUCGACGUGAUCCGUCCCGCCGACCCUGAGGAGACCGCCGCCGCCUUUGCCUCGGCCUUCACCAGGAUGUGCGGCCCAACUCUCCUGGCGCUCACCCGUCAGAACCUCCCCAACCUGAUCGGCUGCGCCGACGCCCAGACCCGUCGCCAGGGUGUCCUGCAUGGCGGCUACGUGCUCGUCAAGGAGACCGGCGCACUCAAGCAGAUCCUCAUCGCUACCGGCUCAGAGGUACAACAUGCCGUCGAGGCUGCCAAGAAGCUCGGCGAGGGUGUCCGUGUCGUCUCGAUGCCCUGCACUGAGAUCUUUGACCGCCAGAGCGCCGAGUACAAGGAGUCCGUGCUGCCCAUCGCCUGUCGCAACAGAAUCGCCAUCGAGGCUGGUGUCACCUCCUUCUGGUACAAGUACGUCGGACUCGACGGCAAGGUCAUUGGAAUCGACCGCUUCGGUAUGUCUGCUCCAGGCAACACCGUCAUGAAGGAGUUGGGCAUGUGUCCCGAGUCCAUCCUCAAGGCUGCCGCAUCCCAAUAA